AGUAAUGCAGCUAGGGAGAGAUCCAGGGUGAAGACUCUUCGUACCGCCUUUUUGAACCUCCAGGAAAUUCUCCCCUCGGUGCCACCAGAUACAAAACUUUCUAAAUUAGAUGUGUUAGUUCUUGCUACUACAUAUAUUUCUCAUUUAAUGAAAACAUUAGAU